AUUACACUGUCACCGUAUAUAAAUGGUGAGAUUCAACUUCCUUUAUUAAUGUUUUGUUAAAUUUGAGGAGAUCUCCCCGGUAUUGGUACAGUUAGUUUCAGAAAAUUAUCUUAAAAAUGGUGAGAUCAGUGGAAUCCAAGAUGGCAGAUGUGCAUGUGUAUGAGGCGAGGUACCGCUACAACCCUGUGGAUCAUGGUGAUGAUAGUAAUACAUACAUGCUGGUUGAGCAAGGCGAUAUACUUGAGGUGCUUGGCAGAGAUUUAAUGGGAAUGCAGGCAGAAAACCCACAGGAAUGGUUGAAAGGGUACAAUGUUUCAAGAAAUCUACAGGGUCUCUUCCCAGGUCCUUAUAUGAAGUAUCUAGGGGUGAAAGGUCAUGACGGAGAGGUUAUGGACCCACCACCAGAGUUGCCACCUAUCCCACCAAAAAGCAGAUCAACUUCCUCACAACCACCUUUACAUGAACGACCAGAGGAGUCCAACAACAUAGGAUCAGAUGACUAUGCAGUAUUUGAUGGCCCACCUUUGUCGCAGAUAACUCCAGCACAAACAGCAAAACCAAUCAAAUCUUCACCAGAAGGUCCCCCAGGAGUGCCACACAGACUGAUAGACUGCUUCUUUCUUAGACCGGUCGUAUGCUUCAACUGUAAUGAUUUUAUCUGGGGAACAGGCAAGGUUGGAAAGAAAUGUGAAGCAUGCGGUGCUUGUUGCCAUGAUUGUUGUGUGGAAACUGCAAAAAGCACCUGUCACAGAAUAAGGACAGAAGACAAUGUAACAUCAGACAGAAGUAUUCCACUGGAAGACUGGUCAAUGCAGAAUGUUAUAGACUGGAUGGCUGCCCUCAACCUGUAUAGAUAUGCAGAAUUGUUCCGUGAUAAGGGUAUCACAGGAAGGCAUCUCACACAAAUGGAUGAAAAGAUGCUUAUGGAUCUUGGAAUAAAAGAUGAUUUUCACCAGAAAGCCAUCUUGGUAUGUGUGGAUGAACUGUGUGGCAGAAAUCCUGAUGAGGCACCCUACAACACUGGGCUCCCACCCCCAGGGCAGUUUAUGUCAGACAUGGAAGCAGCAAGUAGCUGCGGUGGAGCGGCUUCAGAGAAUCACAGAUUUGCGGAGUACAAUUUUUCUUCUCUGCAAAGAUGUCACCUGUGCGACAAAUUUCUAUAUGGCUUGAUGAGACAAGGUGUUCAGUGCCGAGAAUGUGGGAUUUGCAGUCACCGCUACUGCUCUUCGACAAAAGGGUCAGAGUGCAGUACGCCAAAACUGGAACGUCAUCGAAGACCAAGUUUCACACAAAAUUCUGUGUUUGGAGCGGAUUUGACAGAUGAGAUGAGUAGAUCACAUGGGGAAGCUCCAACAGUUGUUAUGAAAUGUGUAGAAGAGAUUGAGAAGGCAUGUAGUGAUCAUGAAUCUGAAGCCCUAAGUGUGUACAGAAUAUCAGCAAAGACAGAAGAGAUAAAUGAAAUUAAAGCUGCGUUCAACAAAGUGAGCGACAUUAACCAGCUCAACUUGGACAAUUUCAAUGUGCACUGCGUAGCAGGUGCCCUGAAAAAAUACCUUCGUGAACUACCAAACCCAGUCAUACCGGUAGAAAUGUAUAGCUACUUCAUAGAUGCAGCAAAAAAUAUAACUGAGAAUGCUGAAUUGGUAAAGAGGCUACUGGAAUUGGUUGAACAGAUGCCGCCAUCCCACAAGUCAACAUUACGCUACCUCAUGGGUCAUUUCAUACGUCUUUGGCGUAUACAACAUGAUUCUGGGAUGGAAGACGGACUGGAUAAACUCUCUCAUGUCUUUUGCCACAUCUUGUUGAGACCGCCCUGGGAGAAAAUUAUAGAAAUAGUUGAAAACACCAAAUUACAUAUAGACAUUUUUGAGGAAUUAUUACGUAAUGGAAGCUGGGGUGAAUCUACGCCUCCUUCACCUCCACCUAUACCACCCCGCCCAAAGAUCCAAGAGGAUUUGCACCCCUCAUCGAUAAAACACAACGCUAUGUCUCCACAAGAUCAACUUAAAGAAGCGGAGUGGUACUGGGGCACAAUAUCUCGAGAGGAAGUUAACGAACUUUUACGAGAUAAGCCUGAUGGGACUUUCCUUGUACGUGAUGCAUCAACGCCUGGUGAUUACACAUUAACGCUUAGAAAAGGUGGAGCUAACAAACUUAUUAAAAUAUUUCAAAGGGAUGGAAAAUACGGAUUUGUGGAGCCUUUGACAAGUGACUCUGUUGUGGAUUUAAUUCAAUAUUACAAGCAAUAUUCAUUAGCAAUAUAUAAUCGGACACUAGAUAUAAAAUUAUUGUACCCUGUGUGCCAUAGUCGAGCAGUGGAUAAUGCGCCAUCAGAUGAUAUACAGCAGGAAAAGUCUCGUCUGCGGCAGAUCAACAAAGACUUCCAGACGAAGGAACUUGAGUAUGACUCCCUGUAUGACGAACACUCCAAAACGCAGCUGGAUCUGCAGUUAAAACAUCAGGCUCUCGAUGCUUUCAAGGAAACAAUUGCCGUGUUUGAAGAGCAGAUGGAACUCCAUAAACGUUUCCAUGGAGAGGCCGCUCCACACGAGAUUCAGAGACUGCAUGAGAACUUUGAGUUGCUAAAGGGACGUCUGAUGAGUAUAAUGGAAAAUAAGAGCCAGCUAGAAGUGGAUAUAAAACGGAAAACUCAGCAUAAUAGGGCACUCAUCAGUGAAAUGAACAGCCUUAAACCAGAAAUUAAACGUCUUAGUCGACAAAGAGAUCAACUUAAAAAGUGGUUGUUAGAUAAGAAAGUACCUGCGGCUGAGCUGGACAGUAUCUUAGAGGAAAAGGACACCGAAGGUGUCUCCACAUUUGACGUUACGGUAUCAAUGAUGUUGCCCCACAACAAUAAGGAGACAUGGUAUAUUGACUGUGACAGACAGGACGCAGAGAAAAUGCUUGGUGAUAAACCUGAUGGUACUUUCCUUAUCAGACCGAAACAGGAGGAGGGUGAUGUCUAUGUACUGUCAAUCUCAUGCAAAGGGAGUAUUGGUCAUUGUAAAAUUCUUCACAAAAAGACUGGUUACGGAUUUGCUGACCCAUUUUUUAAACAUCCAUCGCUGAUGCAUUUAGUUCUUCAUUACCAACAAGAAUCUUUAAAGGACCAUAAUCCAACAUUAGAUAUUCGGUUACUGUACCCGGUGAGAGCAACUCAUGACUCACUUUAUAGUCGUGAACCUGUGUAUUUACAUAUGAACCAAAACUGUUAGACGCAGCGACUGAUGGAUAGGAAUUUAUUCAAUUCAAUACACAUCAAAUAUUGCAUAGAUUUUGAUAGGUUCUAGUGCCAAAAUAGUUUGGUGAGUGUAAGGGGAAAGCACACAAAAAGAUAUUGUGAUUUAUUGUUGAUGGACCAUUGUGCCAGUAAAUUGUGAUAAAAUCACACCAUUUUGUAGAAUAACUCUUCAUAGUGGAGGUUUGGAAAAGUCUUUACCUCACAGGAGGAGAGUACAGCAACUAAGGGAAGUUACUCCAUGUUGAACAUGAGAGAUGUACCUUUUUCAUUGCUGAUGCAGAGAGUUCCACAUUAUGUUCAUAGAAUUUAUAUCACCUUUGAUAACUAUCAAAUGUGAUGAAUUGUUCAUCAGAAGUUACAUGCAUGUUGUAAACUCUUGCUUGAAGAAUUUUGGGGAUAUUUGUAUGGAAGAUGACUUUCAUAUCAUUUUUAGAAAAUCAAGUUUUUCUUAAAAUCAUGUAAAUUUUGUAUAAUUACUAUUUAUUUUUAAGUGGCUGAUAAAGUAAUUUGGUGUUCUAGGAAAUCAUGCAUUAAUUUUUAAAACGUGCAUGGUCUGUAUUUAUUAUUCACAGCAGGAAAUUUUCUCAUCAGAUUGUGGUGAAAUCAAAUACCUGGAAUUGAUUGAUGCAUAUUAGUAGUGACUUUUAAGUUUGUUUUUGUAAAGAAACCAAUUUUGGACAUUGUUUCAAGGUUGUUUACACCAUGAAGGUAUAUCUGUUUAGUCUCAAGGUGUUAUAUAUCAUAAGAUGAUCAGUAUAUUUACAAAUACUGACAUCAGGAAAGUUUGGUGCAAACUACCUCGUAUGUUUCCGCUGCUGAUACUGGUGUUGUCCUAUGUAGUGAUAGUUCCAACUUAAAUGGGGUCUCCGUAUGUACAUCAGUUUUUUUAUUCAAAAUUUAAAAAGAACUUCUGUUGAUAAAUCAUUUGUAAAUAUAGAGUAUAAAGAAAGGUAUUGGCAGAAUUUAUUAACAACAACAACAACAAAAAACUUGCGUGAUCUGUUAAAUAUGUGCAAAUGUUAACAAUUACUUUAGUCUGUAAAAAUUCAAUGCCUGAUUAGUGAUAUAUAGAAUCUAGGCCUGUGACUUUUCAUGACUUGGUCUGAUCUGUUUUGACUGCCAGAAUUUCCGUAUACCACCCUAGGGAAGGAUUAUUUCCGAUUUGAUCUUUCACAAAAACCCAGACCUGAGAAUAUCAACACAAAUAAUAUUGGUUUAACAUUUUGAAUAUGUAUGUUUUCUGUACUGCUGGAGGGAUGCCCCUUUAAGAAAAGGUGAUUUUUUUUUCUGGGGAAAAAACAGGUGCUAGUAUUGUUCAUCCUGUUAUCCCCCUUUGAGAACAGACCAUUUACAAAAUUUAAUGGAGGGAUGAAAAUGUGCAGUACUCGGCCAGAAUGUGUUUUGUAAGUUGUAAAUUUAACUUUCAUCCUGUGUAUUUGAACUGAAAUGCAAAAAAACUCUUUGUUUGCAUAAUUUCCAGUUUGGUUGCCAUGGUAGUUAGUUAAAUAUACCAAAAAUAUCUAUGUAUAACACUUAAUAGGGUUAGCAAUGUACAUGUGAACAGUCUUUGUUUAAUGCAAGUGUACCGAGCAGCAUCUCAUUCUGUGUGUUUUAUUUUAUAUUGUUAUUUAUAUUCUGUUAAACAGAACAAAAUAAUGGUAGACAAUGUUUAUGACAUGGUGCAAUUUCUGAAACCGGAAGCCGCUGGCUUAGGCAUAUCUGUUGUAAAAAAAAAAGAGGGCCUAGUAUAUGUGUACUAACAAUUGUGAAAUCUAUGAGCGCCUCAGAAAUGAAUGAGCAUUGUUUGUUUAGUAGAAAAUUCUAUUGCAUUUGUUUCAUCUGAUGAAACCAGUAUACUUGGCACACAGUGUCUCGUAUUUGUGUUAAAAGUCCCAUAGACCCUCACUUAACUUGAUAACAAGGAGAGAAAUACUGCUAAUGAAAGUAAAAUGUGCUAUUAAAGGUUGUUGUGCUAAAAGUAUUCAAAUACUGGAAGAAUUUUUAUGCUUUCCUACUGAUGUGAUGACAGAAGUCAAUUUCGCUACUUGCCAUGUGCUAAUUAAUUACCCAUCAGAUACUACAUAUAACCAUACAUGAACAAGAAUGGAGACAUUCUGAAUUAAUGGCUGUAAGUUUUAUAUGAAACAAAUGGGAACUCUUCAAUCCCCACACAACUUGAUUGACAGUACAUGUCACUGACAUGCUUGAUAAUAUAUUGUUUCCUUUUUAAUGGAGUUAAAUGUGCCCUUUAGUUUCUUUACUUUUCCAUUUCAUUUUCGGUGACCAUUGUGAUCUUUUCAGUGGUAUGAUUGAUAAACAUUAUAUUAUAUCUAAAAAUCUUUUCAUUUGUGUAAUUUUCUUUAUUAUUCAGCAAUAUAAGUUUCUCAAAACUUGUGUAGGAUUUUUUGGGCAUUACUUUUAUACCAUAUAUUAAACUUUUUCUUAAGUUAACUCUGUGUGUAAGAAUAUAUGCAAUAUUAAUUCCUCAGAUCAGCUAAAAAGUACUUUAUAUAUUGGAUUUAUGGCACUAGUACCAGGACCAGCAUAUAGUUGACGUUUUUCAUGUUAUAUUUGUAGUGCAUUGAAGUUAGUAAAUUGACCAGUUAAGGAUACUUGUUGUUGUAUUUUGGUUGUUCUAUUCUUAGAUCAAUGAAUUAAUUAUUGGUGCAUGUUAAUCAGUAUUGUCUCUUUAAUUCGCUAAUUUACUCGAAAAGCUGAAGUGUUGUAAUGCUAAUGAUUUUAUUUUUCCAAACAGUGCAAUUCUACAUAAAAUUUAUGAUGUAAUUAUACUGUGAACUUUUGAACAUGCAAUUAGUUGAAUUUAAUUUAUAUUACAAAUUGGUUACCUUUAAAUAGAUGCCCAUCAUUUACACACCAGUCUUACUCGAGUUCAUGUCUAUUGUUAUUAAUGAGAUGUGAAACCAAAAUUUGUAGUCCUGUUUGGCGCCAUAUAACCUAUACUGUGUUGGUGCGCCAUAAAACCCAAAUAAAUAAAUAUGAUUUUUUUACUGUUUUUUUUUUCUGUAUUAUAACGAUAACUUACAGGUGAUUUAUUAAAAUUGUUAACAAAGCCAGAAUAAUGUGAUUUUAGAGUAAAAAAUGACAGUGAGCAUGUGUUUUACUGUGGUUCUUACUGUAUCUUACUGCAUGAUAACACUUUGUUUGUUGCAUACAAAAAGUGCUGAUAAUAAAGAAGUGGUGAUAAUAAAUGUACUCAUGUUUUAGAUAAAUUGGUAUGUUAGGAAUGAAUAAAUGUGUAGAAAAGUUUGAAAAAGUUAUCUGGAUAUUGACUGCCAUUUGCUUAUGUUAUUUUCGAUUUUUUUCAGUGUAAUUUUAAACGUAACUGGCCAUGAAAGGUUUCAACUAACUGAGAAAGAGUGCUGAUAAUUUGGAUACUUUAAAUAUAUGAUUCAGCUAAUUUGUAGUUUUCUAUUAAAACAGACUGUCAUAGCAUACAUGAAACAGUCAGUAGUUGAAAAGCAUUGAAAGAGACAAUACCAAGAUACUUUUUUAGAUUCUCAAGGUGUAAAUGUGUGUAAAUAUACAAAACAAUUGUGUAUAUAUUGACUGUACACAAAUGGCAUAUAUAACACAGUAGCAUUAGAACAUAUGUGGCUUACAAACAUUGUUUAUUGUGCAUAUAGAUUGUAAAUUAUGUUUCUCUCAUCAUCAUUGUUACUUUUGAACUUGUCUAUUGAUUGAAAAUUUUAUAGGAAAAAAUAAAAAAAUACAUCGAAAUUAA